AUGUCACUCAAGCGGAAAGCGCUGGGAGACGUCGCCAGCGGUCGGUCCUCGAAGCGCUCCACGCCUGCUGCCUCUACACCCGUUAGCCUCGACAGUGACGAUGAGUACUUCGAAGGCUCCGAUGGGCGGUCACAGGAUGACGCGAGCGAUAGCGAAAAAGAGCACAUUCGGAAGGCAAGGGCAAGACUAGACUUCAGCUCCUUCCAAGGCACAAAGCAGAAAUAUAGGCCAUCUAUCUUUGGUGAAAAGGACUUCUCGUGGCUGUCACUGAAAGCAGAUCAUGACAACCGGCCACUGUGGAUCGACCCAAACGUCUCCGCAGGAUCGAAGAAAGGCCCCAAAAUCACGCUCGAGAGUUUCUCCCCGCUGGCUUCGCAAGCCACAGACUUACUUACCACAAUUGCUGAGCCUCAGUCGAGACCAACAUAUCUUCACGAAUACCGUUUCACAGAGCAUAGUCUGUAUGCAGCCCUAUCGGUAGGUCUCCGCGGUGAAGAUAUCAUACGUGCGCUAGAGAAGCUGUCGAAGACCCACGUGCCUGAAAGCGUGAUCGAAUUUAUCAACAGGCAUACCAAAACUUAUGGCAAAGUCCGCCUAGUGUUACGGAACAACAAGUUCUACGUUGAAUCGGAUGAGCGCAGUAUCGUUGAUAUGCUGUUGAGAGACCCCAUCAUCGGACCUUGUAAAGCCGUCGGCACUGAUGUUCAGACCGGCGUCAUCCAGACCAAGGCGACUGUCAUCCAAGGCACCAGCAAUGCCAAGGGCAUGACACAAGCUGGACAAAACAAUGUGGAGAUGCCGCGCGACAAUCCUCCAAAUGAGAAUGAGGCAAUGAUUGCUGCACUCAGAGACGAAGAGGAUGAAGAAGACACAUAUAAAGAAGCCACCAAUUUCGAGGUUGCCCCGAACAAACGUGAUGAGGUGGCCAAGCGCUGUCUAGAUAUUGGAUAUCCUGCCAUCUCCGAGUACGAUUUUGCCAAUGACUUUGAGAAUGCCUCCCUUGCGAUCGACUUAAAACCUUCAACCCAGAUCCGACCAUAUCAAGAGAAAGCCCUGAGCAAGAUGUUCGGUAAUGGCCGUGGUAAAAGCGGCAUCAUUGUCCUCCCUUGUGGCGCAGGCAAGACACUGGUUGGCAUCACAGCAGGCUGUCAUAUAAAAAAGAGUAUUGUCGUCCUCUGCACCAGUGCCAUGUCAAGUUACCAAUGGUCUAACGAAUUCAAAAAAUGGUCGGACAUCCAGAAGGACGACAUUGCUGUCUUUUCCGCAACCGACAAGUAUAGAUUCAAAGGAGAAGCAGGAGUUCUGGUCACAACCUACUCGAUGAUAACAGCUGGUGGAAAGCGUGCCCAUGACACUCAGCAGAUGAUGGAGUGGAUUCAGAGCAAAGAAUGGGGUCUCAUGCUUCUUGACGAAGUGCAUGUGGUUCCCGCUAAGAUGUUCAGAAGGGUCGGCGAAACCAUUCGGGCUCACUGCAAGCUUGGUCUUACCGCCACCUUACUUCGUGAAGACGACAAAAUCACCGAUCUCAACUUCCUCAUCGGCCCAAAACUGUACGAGGCCAACUGGAUGGAACUGGCCGACCAAGGCCAUAUUGCAAAAGUACAAUGCGCAGAAGUCUGGUGCCCAAUGUCGAUUGAGUUCUAUCAAGAAUAUCAGAAUGCGAGCCCGCGGAAGCAACCACUAUUCUACAUCAUGAACCCCGAGAAGUUCCGGGUCUGCCAGUAUCUUAUCAACUACCAUGAAAAAAGAGGCGACAAGAUCAUUGUAUUCAGCGACAAUCUAUAUGCGCUCCAGCACUAUGCAAGGACUAUUGGCAGAUAUUACAUUUGUGGCGAGACCAGCAACAACGAGCGAAUUGAGGUCUUGCAGAAAUUUCAGAACGAUGAACGCCGUGAAACCAGCACCAUCUUCCUUUCGAAGAUUGGAGAUACUUCACUUGACUUGCCCGAGGCGACAUGCUUGAUUCAGAUCUCCUCGCACUAUGGGUCAAGACGUCAGGAAGCGCAACGACUGGGGCGGAUCUUGCGAGCCAAGCGGCGUAAUGACGAAGGGUUUAAUGCAUUCUUUUACUCCCUGGUCUCCAAGGACACCACCGAGAUGGCCUACAGUGCGAAGCGACAAGCUUUCCUGGUUGACCAGGGGUAUGCGUUCAAAACAAUCACACACCUGGCUGGGAUGGACAAGGAAGACCUGAGAUACUCCACCUCUCGGGAGAGAAAUGAAUUGCUUGCCGACGUUUUGCUCCAAAACGAAACGGCCGCCGACAUUGAGAAGGUUGAAGACAACAUGUGGAGUCACCUCAGCGCAGCCAGUGGCGGAGCCAAGGCCCGGUCAAAGAAACCACAAGUGCGCAGACAAGCUGGCUUGCUGGCGGAUGUCAGCGGCGGUGGUGUCUCUGCUCCGAUGUACCGUGAGCAGGACCGCAGAGGCAACAAAAAGGGCCCCGAGAGCGAGUGGUUCAAGAAGGAAUCGAGACGGAGGGAGCUUGCAGCUAAGAAGCGGAAGAAGGAGAGAGAGGAGGCCGAGAGGGCUGCUGGUCGGGCAUAG